UUCACCUCGGAGAGUAAACAGAUACACUGCAAGGCUGGAGUUCAGGAGUAUUGGCUGAGCUGGAGACCGCCCCCUUUCUCUCUUCCUUUCUGUUAAUGUGGCUGUUUAUUAAGUGAAUGAGGGCCCCCCUUUGCCUGCAGCUACUGGAACUGGUCACUGGAAGGACUACAUUGAACUGGAAGUGCAACAACAGGAGCUCACUUCUAGAAUGGGGGCCCUCAUCUAGUUCUAACUACUCCUGAUCCCUGGUGAUGUCAUUGUGAGAGGGGACACAAUAGCACAGGGAAGAAAAUGAGUUCCGAGGGGAGCUGCUAAGCCAAAGGUGGACACACGGGGAAAAGAUCAGCAGCUGUGAGACACAAAGAAUAAACAGUCAAAGGUCCAAGAUGAAUGUGGACGAUGUUAACAAAGGAACUCGCACAAGAUCCAAAGCAAUCCGAGUGAUCCCAUUAGACCUGAUUGAGCAGGAAGUUAGUUUACAAAGUUGCCCCUUGUCACGGAAGCGCAAAUUGCAAGAAUCAGAGCAGGAACAUCCCUCCUCCAAGAGAAAAUCCCACCCCCUGAAACUGGCAUUAGAUGAAGGAUUCAAUGUGGACAGCGAUGGCAGUGAGGAGGCAGAAACAAAGGAGGAGGAUUCUGGGACAGAGGAAUCAGAGGCAACCAUAGAAGAGAUUGAAGAGGAUUUUGAACCAACAGAACCCAAGGAAGCUCCUAGCCCUCAGACUACAGAAGCUGACAGCUCUGAUAAAGUGGAACCAGAGGAGACAGAGACUAAAACUGAAAGCAGCCCCCCAGCUAAAGCCAAUUACAGCAGUUAUCAAGAAAUCAUAGCCAACUCUCUUCUAAACCUGGGCCAGGUUGCCAAAGAAGCCCUGGUGUCAGAAGGACACUUGAAAGAAAGUGAGCUAACUGAAGAAAAGCCAAGUUCAGUAAAUGCAGGUCAGGAGGAAGUUGAACAACUUAUGGUGGAAGAGUCAUGUGAAAAAGAGAUCAUCAUACAAACUGAAGAUGCAGAGGAAGUUAUUGAAGUCACCAGUGAACCAAGCAGUGAGUCUGGUGGUGAACCCAGAGACGAAGUCAGCUGUGAGGACACUGGAAAACUGCAAAAAGAUAUGGAUGAUGAAGAGGAAGAUGAAGAUGAUGAUGAUGUUGAUGAAGAAGAUGAUGAUGAUGACCUGGAAGAAGAUGAAGAAGAAGAAGAAGAGGAACAAUCUUCAGAGAUGGCCAACCAAGAUCUCCCCCAUGCUUCUCAGGAUUCCCCUAAAAUUCACUGUGAAGGACAGUUCAGUCCUAAGCCUGAAUAUUCUGUGAUUGUGGAGGUCAGGUCUGAUGAUGAUAAAGAUGAUGAUAGUCAUUCACAGAAAUCAGCUGUAACAGAUGAGUCUGAGAUGUACGACAUGAUGACCCGAGGAAACCUGGGACUUUUAGAGCAAGCCAUUGCCCUGAAAGCUGAACAAGUCAAAGUUGUUCGGGAGCCGGGCAGGUCCUCCUUGGACAACAUGAAGAACUUUUCAACUGAUGAAAAACAGAACAGACCAAUAGACACCAUGAGGAAGAACUUCUAUGAUGCAGCAAGGCCAGAGAAGAGAGAGAUAAAAUGUCCCACGCCUGGUUGUGAUGGAACAGGACACGUCACAGGAUUAUACCCACAUCACAGGAGUCUUUCUGGAUGCCCCCAUAAGGACAGGAUUCCCCCAGAAAUCUUGGCCAUGCAUGAGAAUGUGCUGAAGUGUCCAACCCCUGGGUGCACAGGGCAAGGCCAUGUAAACAGCAACCGUAACACACACAGGAGUUUAUCUGGGUGCCCCAUUGCUGCAGCAGAAAAGUUGGCCAGAUCACAUGAGAAACAGCAACAGCCUGGAGACCUCUCCAAAAGCAGCUCAAAUUCAGACAGAAUACUCAGGCCCAUGUGCUUUGUGAAGCAACUGGAAAUUCCCCAAUAUGGCAGCUAUAGACCCAACAUGGCUCCUGCAACCCCCAGGGCCAAUCUGGCCAAGGAACUGGAGAAGUACUCCAAGGUCACCUUCGAUUAUGCAAGUUUUGAUGCUCAGGUUUUUGGCAAACGUUUGCUUGCCCCAAAGAUUCCGUCAAGCGAAACCUCACCCAAAGCCUUUAAAUCCAAACCUUUUCCAAAGGCCUCUUCCCCCAGUCACAGCCCAUCCAGCAGCUAUAUUAAAAGCACUUCUUCUUCCUCCUCCUCUGGCUUCGACUAUACCCACGAUGCUGAGGCAGCACACAUGGCUGCAACCGCCAUCUUGAAUCUGUCAACUCGGUGCUGGGAGAUGCCAGAGAAUCUCAGUACCAAACAGCAGGAUACUCCCAGCAAAUCCAGUGAAAUUGAAGUGGAUGAAAAUGGCACUUUGGACUUGAGCAUGAACAAGCAUCGGAAACGGGAGAGCACUUUUCCCAGCAGCAGCAGUUGCAGCAGUAGCCCCAGCAUGAAAUCCCCUGACCAAUCCCAACGGCAGAACUGCACCAGUGCUACCAGCAGCAACAUGACCUCUCCUCAGUCUAGCCAGACCUCUCGGCAAGAUGACUGGGAUGGUCCCAUAGACUACACAAAGCCAAAUCGGCAGCGGGAAGAGGAGCCAGAAGAGAUGGAGCCUACGGCAGCAUCUUUUGCCUCCUCCGAAGCGGAUGAGCAGGAGAUGCAGGAGGAGAAUUACGAAGAUCGCAAAUACCCAGGAGAUGUGACGUUAACAAAUUUUAAACUGAAAUUCCUCUCCAAGGACAGCAAGAAGGAACUUCUGUCCAGAAGUCAGCCCUCCUCCAACCAGGGCUCCAGUUCCCACAAUGCCUUGCUUUCUUGUUACAGCUGCCCAACCCCGGGAUGUGAUGGAAGUGGACACAUCACUGGAAACUAUGCCUCUCACCGCAGCCUUUCUGGUUGCCCUCUUGCUGACAAGAGUCUCAGAAAUCUCAUGGCUGCCCACUCUGCUGAUCUCAAGUGCCCAACUCCAGGUUGCGAUGGCUCAGGACACAUCACAGGGAAUUAUGCAUCUCAUCGAAGCUUGUCAGGUUGCCCACGUGCCAAGAAAAGCGGAUUGAAAAUUACACCUACUAAGGAUGACAAAGAUGAUCCAGAGCUCAUGAAGUGCCCGGUGCCAGGCUGUGAUGGUCUUGGUCACAUUAGUGGUAAAUAUGCUUCCCAUCGCAGUGCAUCCGGAUGCCCACUUGCAGCCCGUAGACAGAAAGAAGGAGCUCUCAAUGGAUCUGCUUUCUCAUGGAAAUCACUUAAGACAGAAGGUCCCUCCUGCCCAACCCCAGGGUGUGAUGGAUCAGGCCAUGCCAAUGGAAGCUUCCUUACUCACAGAAGUUUGUCCGGCUGCCCUCGAGCUUCUUUUGCUGGAAAGAAAGGGAAGCUCUCAGGAGAUGAACUUCUUGGCACAAAAUUCAAGACUAGUGAUGUCUUAGAAAAUGAUGAAGAAAUCAAACAACUGAAUAAGGAGAUAAAUGAGCUGAAUGAAUCCAACUCAGAGAUGGAAGCUGAUAUGGUGAACCUGCAGUCUCAGAUAACAUCGAUGGAGAAGAAUCUAAAGAACAUUGAAGAAGAGAACAAGGUUAUAGAAGAGCAGAAUGAUGCCUUGUUUGUGGAACUCUCUGGGCUCAGUCAGGCCUUGAUCCGAAGUCUUACCAACAUCCGCCUUCCACAAAUGGAGCCAAUCAGUGAACAGAAUUUUGAUGCCUAUGUGAAUACCCUGACUGACAUGUAUACAAACCAGGAGUGUUAUCAGAACCCAGAAAACAAAGCCUUGCUGGAGAGUAUCAAACAAGCAGUCAAAGGAAUCAAGGUGUGAAUUGAAGAACUCUCGGCAUAGUAAACAGGUCUGGAAGCCACCAGAUGUGUGCAACAUUGAAAGGACCAAAACAUGAAUAAAUAAAGUGAAACAAAAAGAGACUAAGGUAACUUGGAAAAGCUCAUGUUAACUUUUUGCAUAUCAAAUUUGUUUGUCUCAACAUUGAAACUAAGCAAAGGAGGUCACAACUUUCACGUAGAGGACACCCGAAGCCAAAGGAAGAAUUCAACGUGUAACCAGUGGUGGAACACUGCAGUGGUCUCCUCUGCCUCCUUCUUUGUCUUCUGGGUAAAAAAGGAUUGUGAUGGAUAAUUAAUGUAAAGAGAAAUCCUGAGGUUUGCCAUGGACUAAACCCAACAGGACACCAGUACAGAAGCUUUAUCUCUGCUGACAUUGUCUGGGUCAUCAUGUUCAGUAUGUUUUUUUCUGGGACCGAUUUGACAGAGGAAGGCAAAAGACAAGUAUUAUACACAAGAAGAUUCUUUAUUUUUUAAUUUUCACAGGGAAAAAAAAAAACAUUUGAAAAGCAGUUUUGCAAUUCCAACUGAAGCGCAAAGGAUUUAAGGUUCUCAGGGAAAGCUUUAGGAAUUCCCAACUGCAAUUUUCUGUCUAUAAGACCCUUGCUACUAAGGAUGCUGGCCACUCAGUGGCUUGCUGGCCCCUUUGUAACAUAAAGGGUUUUAACACUGUCAGGUGCAUUUGCUCUCAGAACAAAAUAGUCAUUUCUGAUAGUGUAUGUGUGUGUGUAGGGGGAGAGCCAGAUCUACAUUCUAUUUUAUUAUACCUUUCAUUUUCCCAUUUCCUCUGCACACCUCUUCUUCUUUGUUUUUUUCUUCUCUGUGCUCAUUCAUGCAGGUAUAUUCUAAAAUAUAUUCACAGCACCAAACACCCUUUGCCCUAUAGGAAUUGAACCGUGCCUUUUGGGUUUAAUUCCCAUUCAGAGUAUUCAUGUCCUGGCAUUAAAGAAUCCCACUGUGGGGCAGGAUUUCAACCUUCAAGUGGAUUAUAAUAUACCGACCUUCAUCAUCAACAAGUAAAAUCUGUUCUUUAUGAAAUUCUCAGGACAUGUUAUAAGUAGGGGUGGCUGUGCCCUGAGAUAAAACGGAUACAAAAAAAUGUUUUCUAAGUAGGAAAUUUUUUUAGACACUUUAACAAUUACUAUAGAAAAAUUGUGGACUUUAUCCUGUUACUCCUGGGCCAUGAUCUUGCUACUUCAACACUGAACGAUUGUUUGUUAAUAUUCCAUUCAGUUUUCGAAAUAUCACAGUAGAUCUGAAGGGGUUAGACAAUGUUUCAUUGCUCUGUUACUCUGCACUUUAACAUCUUGAGGACCUCCAGAAAGCCGGCUGCUUGUGGAACAUCUAGAAAAAAUUCUUAGCAAGUGUAAGACAUAAAUAUGAUUUUCUGGGGGUAAUCCUGGUCUAAUCUCCUUGAUUAUUGCCAGUGCAGCCCAUAAAAUGAAAAGGAAGAUUAAAUCUUGUGCCUGAGGGAUCUUCAUAAGGGGAUCUGCAUUGGAGAUUCUGCUUCAAAAUGAAAGGAAUACAAAAUAAUAUAAUAAUAGGCAGGUAUUCCCUUGAAUCCAGGCAGGCAGAUCUCAGUAACAGUGUAAAUUCUCCUAUAAAGAGGAGUUUGGCCGAGGACACAGCUGUGCUAAUGUACAUAAGGGCCAUAGCAGUGGUGAACGCUAGGUGGCUAGAAUUUCACCAGUAAAACUGCUGCACUUCAUCAGAUAACUUGCUCAGAUUAAUAUACUUGUAAAUUAUUUAAUUUUGUCAAAUUCUGUUGUAAUUUAUUCAUAAAACCCUAUGUAAACAUUUGCUAUUUAUUUAAAGGUUAUGUUAAUUUAUUACUUUCUUUCGUUGAUGAUUAUUAUAACUGGGGGCGCACCACACACUGAUAAAGGGGAGAGAUCAAAAAUAUUUAAAAAAUAAAAACCUUUGACAAUAAAUUAUAUUCCAUGGGGAGAAAAAAAAAACACUAUCUACAGCGAAUAGUUUUGAUGAAACCUAGUUAUUUUUUAUAUAUUUUGUUAUUUAUUCUUUUAAACACUGGGAAUUUUUUUAGAGAUAUUUUAUAAAGGAGGAGUUUUGAUAUUUUUUUUCCCAUUUCAUUUUCUUGUUAAAAGGGAGAAACUGCGUUUUUUUUUUCUUGGUUUCUUUUGUUAAGUUGUGUAACCCCGUACGCUCCAGAGAAAAAUGCAGGGACUCCUUGCUCACGUCACUGCAAUUCUCUCUGUUGCCAGUGGGGUUGCUAUGUUCCAGGCACUGACAACAGUAUAAGUAAAUGCUGUAUUUAUUUAUGAAUUAUUUAAAUACAAUGGACUUGUGGACUCGUUGUAUAUUUAUUUUGUCAUGUUUGUGAGUCUGUUAACGUGAUCGUUUACGUGAAGAAAACCUGUUAAUAUUUAAAAUAAAAUAAAAAAAUUACAAAAAAUAAAGGGUUGCAUUGAAGGCUGAUGUGGACUUGUGCUUGUCCUGUGCUAAAUCUUUCAGAUACUGUGAUUUUGGCCUCAGGGAAAUACUAAGCCAAUCUGGCCACUUGGAAAUAAAGCUUGAGUUAUACUUGUGAA